UCUCUCUCUCUCCCUUCCCCCUGUCUCUCUCUCUCUUUCUCCCCCUUCUCUACCCCCCAUUUUCUCUCUGUGUCCCUGAGGGGCAGAGGGGUUGCCUUUCAUCUCUGGGGCUCUCAUCAGAUCCCACCCUGGCAGCAGCCAGUCUAGAGUGGCCUGGGGAGAUAUGGGAGUCACCCAUGGGAAAAAAACAGAUCAUGACCUUCCAUAUUCAUGCUCAAGUUAUGGAAAGCCUCUGAGCAGGCCUGUGCCAAGGCCUGGGCCAGACUCGGGGCGCGAGUCGUCGCGGAUCCAGAGGGACAGGGCACUUGAGCUGCCCGGCAGGGCCUCCCCAUCCCUCUCAACCCACUCGCACUCCUCGGAGCCGGGUCAGGAGGCGCUGAUCCAGCCCAAGAAGCUGGUCAAUCCUGUCAAGGUAUCCAGGAGCCACCAGGCCCUGCACAGGGAGCUGCUGCUGAGCCACAGGCGGCCAGUGGCAGAGGAGAAGCCAGAGCUGCAGCGGGUCCUGGAGCACCGGCGGCGGCAGCUACAGAUCAGGCAGCGCAGGGAGGAGGAGCAGAAGAGGAGGACCUCACCACUGGAGCAGGAGCUGCACAAGAGGCAACAGAAGCUGGACAUGUUGGAGAGAGAGCUGGACAACCAGCGGGUUCUGGCUGCGAGCGAGCCCGAGUUCAUCAGAGUCAAGGACAGCCUGCGGAGGAGCACCAGCCUGGUAUAGAGACACAAAAAGGGAGACGUGGAGAACCGACUGCACGGAUGGACGCUGUGUAUUGGGUGGGCCAAGAGCUCUGUGAACUGUGAUACUGUAGGAGAUUUAAGGGUUACACUUUCCUUUACAGUGUCGACAUAAGAGUGACAUGACACUGUCAUGAACGUGUCAAACAAGUCAUAAACGUUUAUGACAUAACACUUCUGUUAUUAAGUGACAUUCG